AUGGUUGUCGUUGAUGAGACGUGGGAAGAAGAAGACUACUUAUGGCAGAGUUCUGAUUUCCCGACGGAUACCUUGUUGCCGGACAUGAAGAUGCCAAAUGGUUUUCGGACAGGAAACUGGAACGGACUGCACUUCAAAGGUAUUCCUCGCUAUGUCAACACUGUUUCGGCCGAGCCUGGCUUGGUUUUUCGGGAGGAGAGGCUGAUAUCAUUGUCGAGGGCCUAUAAAAGCUCCAUCGUUGUCAGAGCGACAUUGGGCGUUUCUGGCUCGGUCCAACAGUUUACGAUGAAUGCAAAGAGAGAUAGGUGGAAUGUUGUUGACUCGUUCCCUCGAGAUCAGUGUGAUGGAUACGGCCACUGUGGUCCGAAUGCGGUCUGCAAAGUGGAAAGGGCCAAGAUAUGUGAGUGUUUCAAGGGAUUCAUCUCUCGAUUUCCGCAUGACUGGGAGGUUCAAGAUUGGGGUGGUGGAUGCAAGAGACUUGUGGCGUUGGAUUGUGAGGACGAACAUGGAUUUCUUGAGGUUAGACGGUGA